CGCCAUUGCCCCACAGCCGCCUAGCCCUCAGUCCCCCUCCGCGGCCUCCGCUGGGCCUCCCCGGCCCAGGGCGCGGCGUCCCGGCGAGUCAGCCGUCUCGCCGGGGCCCAAGAGGCGGAAGCCGGAGAGACGCAGGGAGGAGCUUCGCGUGCGGGGUGAACGCCCGUCCUACGUGCUCGUUCGCUUCGCGACCGCUGUGCGCGAGCCCGGUGUCCCCGCGGCGGGCAGCAGCGGCGGCGUCGGUGGAACGCGGAGGGGGCGGAGGGAGUCCGCGGCGGCGGCGGCUGCAGUAGAGAAAUGGCGGAGACCGUGGCGGACACCCGGCGGCUGAUCACCAAGCCGCAGAACCUGAAUGAUGCCUACGGGCCGCCCAGCAACUUCCUCGAGAUCGAUGUGAGCAACCCGCAGACGGUGGGGGUCGGCCGGGGCCGCUUCACCACCUACGAAAUCAGGGUCAAGACAAAUCUGCCUAUUUUCAAGCUGAAGGAAUCUACCGUUAGAAGAAGAUACAGUGACUUUGAAUGGCUGCGAAGUGAAUUAGAAAGAGAGAGCAAGGUUGUAGUUCCCCCGCUCCCUGGAAAAGCGUUUUUGCGCCAGCUUCCUUUUAGAGGAGAUGAUGGAAUAUUUGAUGAUAAUUUUAUUGAAGAAAGGAAGCAAGGACUGGAGCAGUUUAUAAACAAGGUCGCUGGUCAUCCUCUGGCACAGAAUGAACGUUGUCUUCACAUGUUUUUACAGGAUGAAAUUAUAGAUAAAAGCUAUACUCCAUCUAAAAUAAGACAUGCCUGAAAUUUGGUGAGAAGGGGCAAAAAAAAAAACAAAACAAAAAAAACAAAAAAAAAAACACACCUCUCCGUGACUAUUAAUGGUUCAUACGCACCA